UUAUAGGCCCAUUUUGGUAGCGUAUUCCUUUCUUUCUAUACUACAGCCUGGCUGGCAAUGGGAAACAAUGAGGAUUGUAGUCUUUUCAAGCCACAACAGACGCUACUCCGAAAUGAGCGGGACGGCCUGCUUGAACUACAUUUCCCAGAACCUCUUUGGUUUAGCCGUUUGACAAGCGACAUACGUUUCUUGUCUUUCAUACGAGGACCUGUGGUGGAUCUUUCAUCGCGGGGUAUGCAAAAGCUGGAUCCUAGUUUCACCUGCUCUGAGGACACUCACACUCUCAUCCUGGACCGUAACCACAUAAUGAAACUGGACCAUCUUGAAAGGAGCCCAGGCCUUCAGCAGCUAUCUGUAGCCAGUAACCGUCUGGUGAGAAUGAUGGGCGUGUCUCGCUUAACAGAGUUGAGAGUCCUCAAUCUUCCCAAUAACAGUAUUGGAUACAUCGAGGGGCUAAGAGAUCUAACACAUCUCAAAUGGCUCAACCUGUCUGGGAACAACAUUAAGGUCAUUGAGCAACUCAACAACUGUGUUUCCCUUCAACACCUGGAUCUAUCUGACAAUAACAUAUCUACUAUUGGUGAUCUGACUAAACUGUUGGCAUUAAAGACACUGUUACUCCACGGAAACAGCAUUACAACACUUCGUACUGUUCCUGCUCACCUACCUGCCCAUUUAUCUAUUCUCUCCCUGGCAGAAAACGAGAUAAGGGAUCUUAAUGAAAUGUCAUACUUGGCACCUCUCCAUGACCUGGAGCAGUUGUCCAUUAUGAGCAACCCUUGUGUUAUGGCAACCCCCUCGUUGCCAGGUUUUGAUUAUCGGCCAUAUAUCACAAGCUGGUGCCUGAGUCUAAAGGUCCUGGAUGGUUAUGUGGUGUCACAGAAAGAAGGUCUCAAAGCAGAGUGGCUCUACAGUCAGGGGAAAGGACGCUCAUAUCGACCAGGUCAGCAUGUUCAGCUGGUUCAGUACCUGGCCACUGUUUGCCCUCUGACGUCAUCACCAGCCCUGGAGACAGCAGAAGAUGCCAAACUGGAGAAGAUCCUCAGUAAGCAGAGGUUUCACCAGAGGCAGCUUUUAGAGGAGACCCGGGGAGGCUGUCCUAGUCCUCCUCGUCCAACUCAACUUGAUGUGGAGAGGCACAGUCCUUUACAUGCUGUCCCACAGGGGGGAGCCAGAGAGGCGAAGAAAGUCAGUGCUCCUGCACCAGCUGCUUCUCCAUCAGUCCGGGAGAUGGGUAAGAAGGCUGCUUUGUCACUCUAUGGGGCAAUUCCAGUGGACAUCAUGGAGCCAAUUGUGCAGUUUAACACCUGGGUGAGCUGUGAUUCUUCCCACCCAUCACUGCCUGUAGUGCGCAGCCCAAGGCUCGUAGAUGAGCACAUCUAUUUGGAGGAUGCGCAGACAGAUGAGGACAAACUCAAUGGCAGCAUGCUGUCCUCAGAGUCCACCUUUAUCCCCUUCACCUCUGAUCUGGAGCCACAAACGACCCACUCUGACAGCGAGGAUGAGACCGAGACAUUUGAACCUGAUUCCCUGGCUCCAAAGCGGCCAGCACAGCCCAAAAAGCACAACACAAGCAAGACACAUCAUUCGCCCCCAGUGGAUAAGCAAGAGAGGGGUCAUGAGGAAAUUAUUAUUUCUGAUGCAGCCACAACAGCUGGAACAAUGAGGGUCAGAGUUAGCACACCACAAAAUGAUCUGGAAACAUCUUCUGACUCUGGUAGAGCAGAGAUGAAAGAAGCCCCCAAGCAGGAAGAAGUUGCUAUGAGUGAAUCAGGUUUGAUGGAAGCAGACAGGGCAGCGGUUAAAAUACAGUCAUGGUGGAGGGGACAGCACACUCGGUGUUGUCACCCCAUGGCCAGAGAAGUACGAAGUGAAAUCCGCCUACACAGGAUGCAAGAACACAUCCUCUUCCUGUCUGAAAAAUUCGACAGGAUGCAGCAGCAGUAUGAAGAAGAAAGGUUACAAAGGCUGGUUCAGGAGGAAGCUGUAAAGUUUCUCUGGAAACAGCUCCAGUCGAUGCAGCAGUGGAAACAGUCUGUGGAGCAGCAGCUGGCCUGUAUUGCUCAGCCCGUCGCCCCGGUCCAGAUCUCAGCUCCUGGACUAUGUGAGGCUGCCCUGCCUGUUGCAUCCAGCACGACAAACCCUCCCAGCAUGACGAACCUUCCCAGCACCGACGUCUCCUUCCCUGACUCUGGCUUCCAGCCAACAAGUGAUCAGCAGGCAGCGCAGGAGGACAGCUUCCUGAGCAGUGGGACCACAGACUCUAUGAAGACGGUGAGAGCACUAAGCCCUGUUCGUAGCGGCUUUGCUGGUGGUAGCAAUGGUGCGGACAGCGCAGACUGCAGCCUGCUGGAGCAGUACCUCUCCUCUGUACAGCAGCGGGAGGAGGAGGCUGAGGAGGUUGUCAGUGAUAGAACAGAAACGCCACUGCUCUCCUCACCAAUAUCCCCCAGCAAAUCAGCACAGUCAAAUUCCCCUCCGCAGAACGCAGCAGAUAACCAAUCAGAAGUGCAAAGAACAGAGGAAACCAUUCCUGGCCCUGUCUGAGAGUCACCUGAGAGACCCCUGUACAGAACUACUGAGUGUAAACUGGCACUGACUAUAGGAUCAAUCUGCACUGCUUCCUCUUGAGACUUUUGGUAUGUCUGACUACUGCACUCUUAUUGAUUACUGACCCAGAUCUCAAAUGGCUGUGCACUUACCUUAGUUUAUCAAGACUAAACCCAGGACGGGCUUAAAAACAAUACCUUACUGUGAAUGUAACAAGAUUUUUUAUACUUCCACUACUUGGAUCUGUUCUGUUAUUUAAUGGACAUUUUCUGCCCAGUGUAAAGACGAUGAUUGUGAUGUAGCUUCAGAAGGUAUUGAUAGCAAGCAAUUGUUUUAUGAGGAAAUACAGUGAGUAGGUUGCUACCUCUACUGAUUAAAAGACCAGGCAUAUAACCUGUUCUCUUCUAUAUCUAUCAGUAUCCACUGCACUGAAUAUAUGUGAUAAACUACAAGUAAUCCCAUUAGGAGUGUGUGUUUAACCAUAGUGAACUUGUAACCACAGACAUACUAUACAUGAAACAACAAGCAUACUAUCUAUUAUCACAUAGUAGUAAUAGCUCAACUGUUUUGAUCAACUUUACAUUACCUGAAAAUGUUGUAGCAUCUUUAUCUUCUUAAAACAUGCAAAUAAAUCUGCAAUUAUUGUUUUCCAA